AUGUUGGGCCCACGCACAGUUCGCACAGUCCGCUCAGCGACCUCGCUGCUGCGACCUUUAGCUCGUCGGCUGUGGCCUACCGAGCUCCAUCUUACACCUGACUCGGCUGAGGAGUUCCUCAGAAGACAGAAAGAGUUCCGCGAGAACCUGGAACAAGCUCGUGUGAGAAGAGAGCAAGAGAGUCAGUCUGUCAAUGCUUCUGUUUCUUCAUCUACCCCUUCCCGUGAGUACGCUCCCACUGCUCCGCAAGUGAGCAAUGCGAGUCAAGAUGGUCUUCGCCCUGCUUUUGAUGCCGCCGCAGCGCUUGAUCACAAGGCACUGGGCUCACUCUCGACGCACCGUUUUCUAGGGAAUGAACACAAUCAAGAAUCCACCACCAAGCGUGGCCCUCUAUCCUCACUCAUCUACGGCACCAAGGAGGGCCAGCACUUUGACAAGGACAUGGAGCGCUCCUUCUCGCAGGUCCUAGCUCGCGGCAAAUACGUCCAUUCUAUCGUCAUGCACGACGUGAAACCCGACAAGGUCGAUGAAUAUGUGGACCUGGUUGGCCAGUGGUACCCACGCAUGGCCGGGACCGAGGAGAACCGUGUCAACCUCGUAGGCAGCUGGCGGACGCAAGUGGGCGACAACGAUACCUUUGUCCACAUCUGGGAAUACCAACGCUACGAAGGCUACCAUGCCUCGCUUCACAACAUUUCGGAACACCCAGAGUUCCGUGACUUCGAUCGCAAACUCAAGUCCCUAAUCAAGAGCAAGAAGACCUCAUUGAUGCAGGAAUUCUCAUUCUGGCCAACCACCCCACCUCGCCGUCUCGGUGGUCUGUUUGAGCUUCGGUCGUACACACUGCACCCGGGUAACCUCUUGGAGUGGGAGACACACUGGCGCCGUGGGCUCACAGCUCGCCGCGAGGUGAUGGAGGGUGUGGGCGCGUGGUUUGUGCAAAUUGGCGAGUUGAAUACAGUGCACCACCUGUGGCAGUUUGCAAACCUCGAGGAACGCAAGAUCCGCCGCGAACAGUCGUGGGAGGUCGAGGGUUGGGCGGAGACGGUUCACAAGACUGUCCCCCUCAUUCAAACCAUGCAGAGUCGGAUUCUUGUCCCGAUGCCCUGGAGCCCUGUCGGCUAA